AUGGCGAUAAGCGCGGUUUCUGACGCGGUAAAGUGCAGGAUGCUUUCGUCCAUAUCUCAGGGCGCGGCAAUGGCCUGGUUUAUGACCCUGCCACAGGGAUCCAUAACGAAGUUCCGUGACCUCUCGUCAAAAUUCCUCGUCCAGUUCUCUACAAGCGAGGUUGAAGAUCUGUUCGAAAUUCGGCAAAGGGAGCGAGAAACCUUGAAGCAAUACAUGGAGCGGUAUAGUGCUGCGUCCGCAAAAUUUGAGGAGUCGGAGCCUCGGACGUGCGUGUGCGCUUUUAAGAACGGAUUUUCGCCGGGAGAGCUAAACUGCGAGUUAAGUAGGAAACCGGCGCGCUCGAUGGCGGAGGUUCGCGCCAGGGCAAGUGUCGACAUCUUGAAAGAGGAGGACGACGCACAUAAGACGAAACGUAUGAGGGUAGAAAAGGUAAGGAAUGUAUCGCUGGCGAGAGAACGGAUACAUGAUAAGGAAGCGAAUAGUAUGCGAAAGGAUAAGGAGGUCGAGCAAUUCGUUGGGAAACUCAAAGGAAAGCAACUCUGCUCGAGAAAAAAGAACAUUGAGCGUCAGCGCCCACGACGGACGACCAACCUUCACCGGCGACGGAAGCCGGAGAAGUGCUCAAAUGAUGAGUUAACGAAGUUGCUCCAAGAAGUGGAGGUGACGCCGACAGGCGAAGAUGGCAAAUGUGAAAUCGACUCUCGACGAGGGGCAAAAGGACGGUCAAAGUGGUGUGAAUAUCACAACUUGGAAAGCCACGACACCGGUGAUUGUUUCACGUUGAAGAGCCAAGUUAGAAGGAUGAUCAGGGCGAGGCGACCACGAGUGAUAGAUCACGGACCAGACAGGAGCCAACAGGACAACCGACGGCGAACGCCGAUAGCAAGUAAGGGGCAUACGAGUGCGGCGAGGAGGAAAUGA